AUAAAAUGCAGAAAACUUAAAAGCUGCUGAGGCUGGUGAAGAUGAGUUUUCAAGAAGAUUAAAUUGAUUGGUUUUUGAUACGUAUGCCAAAAAUCGACCGAAGCCUCCAUUACAAGUAUCUUUGUUAGUGAUGGAUGAGGCUGAGAGCAGUGGUGGGUCCAGUCCUGUUAGUUCAAGGUCACUAAAAACGGAAAUGGAUAAGGGAAAAGAAGAUGCAGGAAUAAAGCUGACAGAUAUUCAGACUGAUGGGCUGCCCUCAGAGGGCCCAGAGAGCCCCCACACCCAUGCCAAUCCCAUGUUCUCCAUGGAGACGGAGGCUGACGCCACCCUACCCCCAUAUGGGAGUCCAGGGAAAGGUGUACCCAAUGGGCAUAAUGGCGACAUCCAAGAUGAUUCCCCUAUCAGGUCAAGCAGUAACCACUCUGAAAGGGGGGUGGUGUUUACGACUCCGGGGACUGGAGAAAGUGUUGAUGUACACGACACACGCAAGAGACACAAGAGUGAUGGUGCUCAUCCCAAUGCCUCUUCCAGUAAAACCCUCCUCGACCCAUCAAACUUACGUAAGACCUCCGUGUAUGAGAGCAAAAGCACCAUCAGUGGAGUCAAGUUUGAUGACUCUUUCAUUGAUGAAUCUGGGACAACUCUGAUCUACUCUAAGCAUGAGAAAGUUCCACUGAAGGACUUUUCAAAUGAGGUUCGGGCACACAUGGACAUCAAGCGUUUCCUGAAUAACACAGUUCUGCUGCUGGACUUGACUGAGGUCAGUCUGGACGGCAUCAUUGAUGAGAUCCUGCAUAAGUUGCUGGACGCAUCAGAGAGCAAGGUCAGUUUUGACCAGGCCCGGUCAGCACUCUUCACCCAUGACAACGUGCACCAGCUGUCCAGGACUCUCCAGGGUACAAGUAUCUCCGAGGGAGGGGGCUUUGAUUACGACCAGAGCUGGGUUUGUGUCAUAGCAAGUGUGCCUUCAAUCAGCACGAGACAUGUGGGAAUCGCCAGACUUAAGCACCCCGCCAACUUUGGACCAUCAAGCCAGGAAGUGUACUUUGUUAUUGUCAUCCUCACUCCAACCAAAGAGAAAGGCACGAAGAAUGACCUUGAGACGGGUCGGACAUUUGCCACAAUAUUCUCAGACACGGAGCUGCGGACCAAGCUAUUGGAUUGCCGCUCUCAGGAGGAGUUCCAGUCUGUCCUUGGGGACAUCACGAAGGUGAUGGUACAACGAAUGAGCCACGCUGAUGAAAAGGUCCUCAACUUCGAACAGGAAGAGGAGGAACGGUGUUGUAGUGUGUUCUCAGGUCUCAUUGGCGAUCUCAAACGCAGGCUCCCACAUUACAUCUCCGACUUUAAGGAUGGUGUAAUUGGCCCAAAGUCGAUCCAGAAGACACUCUCCACAACCCUGUUUCUCUACUUUGCCUGUCUUAUGCCGUCCAUUGCUUUCGGAGUGCUCAAUUCAGAAAACACAAAGGAGGCUCUAACUGUUGAGAAGGUGUUGUACUCACAGGCGCUGGGUGGUCUCAUGUUUGCUCUGGUAGGGGGCACUCCACAGAUAGUACUCCUCACCACCGCCCCACUCGCUCUCUACACGAAAAUUAUCUACAGCAUUUGUGGUGACUUUGAUUUGAAUUUCCGUGCCAUGUACUGCUGUGUCGGCCUCUGGAACGCCUUCUUUCUCUUCCUAUACUCCUUUUUUGACCUCAGUCGUGUCAUGAAGUGGUCCACCAGGUCAUCAGAGGAGAUUUUUGCAUUGUUUAUUUCCAUUGCAUUCACCAUAGAUGCCAUUAAAAAUACGGUUCACAACUUUGACAUUAAUUACCAUACGGAAGCGUGUGCCAGUGACUAUAAUGCAACAGUAGCAAAUAUAUCUGGGAACGUGACAGUGGCUUGCGAGCGUGACAUCAGUCUCCUGUACCUUCUGUUGCUACUGGGAACGCUCUGGCUCGGAGUCUUCCUUUUCAACUUUAAUAAGACGCCAUAUUUGAACCCAGGAAAGAGGGAGUUGUUGGCGGAUUAUGCCCUGCCUGUAUCUGUGAUAUGCAUGAGUCUCAUUGGGGUGUUUGCAUUUAAAGACGUCAACAUUGGUAAGAGCUUUGGUGGUGAUCGAGGGGAGAGCAUAUUUUCCUUUGUGGACUUCAGCUCAUUGAGCGUGGGUGCCGUGUUUGGGGCCAUGGGAUUGGGCUUCUGUCUCUCCCUGCUCUUCUUUAUGGAUCAGAACAUCUCCGCAGCUCUUGUCAAUGCCCCACAAAACAAGAUGAAGAAGGGCUCAGCGUACCACUGGGACCUGCUGGUGAUUGGGAUUAUCAACGGGCUCCUGUCACUGGUGGCGUUUCCCUGGGUGCACGCAGCCCUGCCCCACUCCCCGCUGCAUGUUCGGGCCCUCGCUGAUGUUGAAGAGCGUGUUGACCAGGGACACAUCUACUCCAUCAUAGUGAAGGUGCGUGAGACUCGGCUGACAGGGAUCUUUUCGAGCAUCAUGAUUGGUCUGUCACUGCUCUUCAUGUCUGUGCUAGCGUACAUCCCAACCCCCGUCCUCUACGGCCUUUUCCUCUACAUUGCUGUCACAGCCCUUGACGGAAACCAGAUGUUUGAGAGAGUACUUCUUCUUAUCACAGAACAGUCAGCAUACCCUCCCAACCACUAUAUCCGGCGCGUACCCCAGCGUAUGAUGCACUUCUUCACGCUCCUGCAGCUCGUACAGCUGUUGGUCCUGUGUGGGUUUGGCUUUGCUCCAUAUCCGUACCUCAAGAUGUUUUUCCCCGUCCUCAUCUUCCUCCUCAUACCUCUAAGACAAAAGGUGAUUCCCAAGAUCAUCCAGCAGAAAUACCUGAGGGCCAUGGACAGUCACUAACAGCGACCAGUUGUUGUUGUUGUUGUUGUUGUUUCCAAUGGAAACGAUUGUGCACUUGUUACUCAUAGGACAUGCAAUUCCCUAGCAACAUGCUGGCAAUUCACUGUGAUGACUUGUGUUUUAUCUACAAAAUAUCAUUUGUUAUAAGGUAUUUUAUAUUCAAAUAAGAUUGUGGUUAUUGUUUCAUUAGCCGUAGUGUUAAAUGUUGAUUCCUGCUGACUCCAUAUAUUUGGUAGCAUUUGGCAUCAUAGCUUUCUGAAAAACUAAUAUGUAAAAUAAAUUAUCAAAAACACAACAGAUAAAGAAGUCGCAGUUUGUAUUUCAGAGUUUUCUUUCAUCCGAAAUCAGAACUGACCAAAUUUUCAAGGUCAAAACAGUGUGUUUGCAAUAUUCUUAUCAGUAUAAUAUUAAUAUAUAUCCCUCCUUUACACAUUUAACCAUUUCAAAUGAUACCAAAACAAUAGGAGAUUGCCAGGCAUCAAAGUUUCACAUUAUCCCGCACCGGAUUCCUUGAAUUGUAUGUAGAUGUUUAUUGUUGUAUAGUAUUUUGUAAAAUUUGAAGCAUACUAUUUUCCCUUUUUUCUUACAGUCUUCUGCUUAAACACUUACUAACAAAAUACAAAAAUGACGAAUGAAAUUUCAGACAAGUUAAGCAUAUAUCACCAGAAAUGACUGAAUAUAUUUUAAGCUAAUCAAUCAACAAAAAUAUCGGUCUUUGUCACUUUAUUAUUUAUAUUUGUGUCUAAUAAGGUGUUGUGAAUUCCAAUAUACUGUACUUCAAAACAUGCGUUGGAUUUUGUCUGCCUUGUCAGUGUACCAGUAAUCAAAAUGCCAUCAAUAUCUUUAUUUGUUAGUACAUAUGGGUAACAGUUUCCAUGACAUUUGCAUUGUUGCUAAUCUAUUUGCAUUGUUGCUGAUCAGGUAAUGUUAUGUGUUAAUACAGUUGAUGCUGCAUAAUGUAGAUGUUAAAUCCAUUCCAUUGUAUUAUUAUAUAUAUGUAAUUUGUGUAUGUUCAGUUUACAUUAUUUUUAUAGAACUUGUAAUUUCAAACUAAAGAAUUAUCUUUAUGCAAGUCUUUCAUUUUCCAAAGAAUGUAAUAAUUUUUUAUUUUGUUGUUUUUACUUAAAUUUUAUGUGUUCAUUAUCAACUAUGAGUAGUUUAUUUGAAUUCCCAUUUGGAUAUUUUAAUUGAUGAUGACAAGUCUUGUUAGUUUGUAUUCCAAUUAUGUGAAGGAGUAGAUCAGCUUAAUUUAAGCUCUACUGGCUCAAGGUCUGAAGAGCUUUUGCCAUGACAUGGUGUCUGUCGUCUGUCUGUUAACAUGCUUGUGAACAUGUUACAGUCUUCAGUUUUUAUUGUAUCUCAAUUAAACUUAUACAGUAGUUAGAUAUCCAUGAGAGCUGGGUUCCUUAAUUAAACCAACCAUAUCCACCCAGGCAUGACUGGAUUAUGGCCCUUGAAAUGCUACAGCCUUAGCAAAAGUGUUUUCUAAGGGAGACAACUUUGUACAGAGUGUUGUGUAUGUUUUGUUUAAUUGUAGCGGACCUUUGAGAAACAUGGUUUACUGAUUGCUUCCCUUUGACUGUGAGUAAAAAAAAAGGUCAUGCCAGUAGAGUAUAGGACCUCAUGGGCCUCUUGUAGGAGUAACACUAUCAAAAUUAAAUGUGAAUUGCCAGUAUUUUUUAACAAAACAUUGUAUGUUGUAUAUAGAUAUGUGUCAUUGUUUAGUAUAAAAUACAGCUAUAUUUUUGUUUAUAUAUAUUUUUAUUAUUACAAAAGCCGUAUGCCAAAAUAAUACUUCCAUCAGAUUAUGUUGAAACAGAUAUGUUUUUCUCUGACAUUACAGGAAAUCUUCACAUGAAGGCAAAGAAGGACACAAUAGUGUUUGUUUUUAGAUGGUGUGUUUUAGAUGACAUGUUUUUAGAUAACGUGUUUUGAGCUUCACAUUCUGCAAUUUCAUGUUUUCAAACUUCAUUCUACAAAUGUUAUUUUAUCAGGAUGUUCAGGUUCUCAGAAAAUGUGUAGCAACCUCUUAGCAAUGUUAACAUUGAACAUGUUAUGGAUGUCAUGUAUUUGCAUUUCAUUCAAGUAUGAAUAAAGUACUGGUACUGA